AGAUAGAUAGGGGGUAGAUAGAUAGGGGGUAGAUGUCUAUGUGACUUGCUUAAGAGAAUAACACUUGUUUCUAACAUGGACUGGUUAGAAACCAAGUCCCAGCCCCAUCUGUUGGCUCUCUCAACAGAACAACUCAAUGUGGUUCACCAUCACAGCCUGGUGCCCGAUCUAAUUGAUCACUGGAACAACGAUAGCUCUGGAGUGCUGCCAUCUGCUAUUAACGGGGCUUAGGGAGGCAAAGCUGCUGUGGUUUGGCUCUAUGCAUCCCUUAAACACCCGCACAUUUCUCAGGCAGAGCAGCCAGGUCUUCAUCUGUGUGUCCCAGCCAGAGCUACCCAGGUAAGUUGGCCUCAGAAAUUGCCUUCAGCAGCACAGCACCUCCUUGUGUUUGAGGAGUAACAAAAGAGAUUUCCAACAGCUUUUGGUAGGGUAACAGAAAACAAACAUUGAAUUUGGCCUAGGAAACAGACAUGGAAGCAGACUGUGCUUUAAACAGCUGCUCUGAGUCCAAGGUGUGGGGGUUUUAUUGCUUGUUUGGAUGUGGUUGUGAAAUAAGAACAACCUUCAGGAUCUGGCUUAUUGAAAGCUUGUAUUUAAUGAAACUCACAUAGCAGUCUAUGGGUUUUGCAUCUCCAAGCAGGUAACAGGGGAGGAGAAGUGCUGGUGUGGAAUGAAAGCUGCAAAGUGGGGAGUGAGGCUUUAAUGCAGCUUUUAUCGAUGUUAAAGACUUUAAAAACGGCUUGGGUGUUAAGAAUGUGUUUAUUCCUUCCUUAUUUAGAGAUGUUUUGUCUGCACAUUGAGACAAGUUUAUGGUUCCAAUGUGAAUCUUUUGGGGUUGCCCAGGGAGCGUUUUGGUGUCGAUGUGAUGGCUGGGCUGGGACAGUUGUGCUUCUACUGGGGAACAGCUUAUAAAGGGUGAGCCAAGGAACCUCUGUCUUUUGCCCUAUCUUAGUGUGCACUACCUUACCCCUGCUAGCAGCUGUGCCGUGCCGGGGGGGCAGUUAUUUCCUUGUGUCCUUGCUGAGCAUCCCUGAGCUGGAACACAAAACCAAUUAAAUAAAUAAACUUGGGGGGAAAAAACCCCAAACAAACCCCGACCCUCCACCUUCCUCCGGCCCCGCUCCGAGCCCUGCCGCCCCCCGGUUCUCUCCCUUAUCUGUGCUGCCCGGCUGCGAGCCGCUCCGCAGCCCAGCGAGAGUUAACGGCGGAGCCGCCUCUCCAUUGGCGGCCGGCGCAACGGCUGCGGAGCCCGCACUUAUAACGGGCGCCCGGUGCGGCCGCAUCCCUCCCCUCCGCCGGCACCUCGGCUCCAUGCGGCGGUGUCCGGCAUGCCCCGCCUGCUGCCGGCCCUGCUCGCCCUGCUCUGCUUCGGGCCGCCAACACCCGCCCCGAGCGCCGCGCUCACCGAGGCCGCUUCGGAGCCGGAGGAGCCGUGGUGCCCCUACAAGGUGCGGCCCGAAGGUUCCGCUGGCGGCCGGCUGUGUUUCCGCAGGCCGGCUCUCGGCUUCCAGUGCUCGGCUCGCUCCUGCCGCGCCCACCGCUCUCCGGGCGGCGCGUUGGUGGCCAACGUGCUGCUCAACGGCAGCGUGCUGCUGCAGUGGGCGACGCCGCGUCCCGGCAACGGGCUGCGCGGCUUCACGCUCAACUGCUCCUGGGACGGCACCUACACGCGCUUCCCCUGCGACAGCGUGGAGCUGGGCGCCGCCUGCCGCGAUUACCUGCUGCCCGAGGCGCACGGCACCGUGCGCUACCAGCUGUGCCUGCAGCCACGGUACAACGCGCCGCGCCCCGCACCGCCCGCACAUUGCGUGGAGUUCCGCGUGGAGCCGGCCGCCAUGCGGGACAUCGUGGUGGCCAUGACGGCGGUGGGGGGCUCCAUCUGCGUCAUGCUCGUCUUCAUCUGCCUGCUCGUGGCCUACAUCACCGAGAACCUGAUGAGCCCCGCCGCGCCGCGACGAGCAUAGAGCCGCUCUGCACCGACACGGGGAUGGGGGCGGGGAGGGUUCGCUCAGAGAUCAGCUUGGUUCGGGUUCGGAUGUAACAGAGCUGCAGGAGUUGGGUUUGGAUGUAACAGAGCUGCAGGAGUUGGGUUCGGAUGUAACAGACCUGCAGGAGUUGGGUUCGGAUGUAAUGGACCUGCUGGAGUUGGGUUCGGAUGUAACAGAGCUGCAGGAGUUGGGUUCGGAUGUAAUGGACCUGCAGGAGUUGGGUUCGGAUGUAACAGAGCUGCAGGAGUUGGGUUCGGAUGUAACAAACCUGCAGGAGUUGGGUCGGUUCGCUUGGUUUUGUGUGUUCGGAGCUCUUUGCCCAUAGGGUGGCUGUGUAUUUUGAGCCAUAUUGAUGAUUGUGAACUCAGUGGAUUUAAAAACGAGUCCACAAGUGCCAGGAAAUUGAAGCAAGAGGCAGAUCCCGCCGAGGGGCUGUUUGGAAGACACUUAAGAACGUGCUUAUUUAACUUAAUAGGAAAACUCCACCUCCUUGUGAUGUACGAACUGAUCUCGAGUCACUGCUCUCUGAAUCCCCCCCCACCUCUGUUUCUUUUAGGAAUGCUGUGUGGAGCUGCACUAAGGUAAAAUAACCCCCCCAGAACACCCAACUCACUGCUGUUGUAGCCGGGUGUUUUGGGCAUAGGAACACUCCUCGUGAACUGCUCACUCGAUGCUGUAGUCAAUAAGGUUUUAGCCAUACUCAAGUAUUAAUUCCCUCGUGCCUUAGUGUUGAGGUCCUGUCCCAUUUCUAUUGCUGUGUCUGUUCCGUAGCCCUCAGGCCACUCUUUGCUGCCGGUCUCGUCUCAAACUGCUGUGUUGUUUUGGUUCUGAGAACAAACUUUGCUGGUCAUUACUUGAACUUUGUUAUAUACCCAAAGUAGUUUGUUACCAGCCGUUGUGUUUAGUUUUCCUUUAGUUUCUAUGUAGUAGGAGGUGACUUUAUAGCACUUAAACAUACCGAAAGCAAAAGUAGAAGAGUUCUUCUGUGAUGGGGUGUUGCAAUCCAAACCCUUUGGUUCCGUCUGUGAUCUGUUGGUGUCAAUGUUUGUCGCUGGGGAAUAACCCAUAAGCUUUUCUUCUGUGGAAUAGUUUGCAAAGUAUAAACUUGCUGUUAAGAGAGUAAAUAUAGGAAGUAUAUGCAAUCCCUGAUACAAUACAGCGUCGGUACUAAAUCCCCUCAAUAACUUGAGAGCGGUCAGGAAGCUGAAGGUCUGUGUUUCACCACCUGUUUUGUCCUUCCUGCUUUGUUUGCUUUGAGGUUUAACACUGCUCUCUGUUUAUUUGCCCAUGCAUUGGAUAGAAGCAGCCUGAUGGUAUCCAGGAUGGCAGCAAUGGAAGGACAGUAUCACUUCUUUGUUUGCCCCUAAGGAAACCGACUGCUCAAAGACAAGGCAAUCACACUUUAAGAACAUUAAGACUGAUUGCAUCCAGUGCUUUAGCUCAGUGAAUUUAAACACAGAGUGAAUUUGGAUCCAAGGUCUCAGGUCAGUCUUUUCUGUAGCCAGGACUGCCGGAGCGGCACUGAUUUUGUACGUCACUUGUCAGCCAGGCUGACUGUUUUGGUCUUCAUUUGUUGUGAACUGCCAGAUGUGAAAGUGAACUGUGUAAUUAAUGGGCUUUGUACCACGUUGACGUCGACCUUAAUAAAUUAAGAGAAUAACACAAUGAAAAACAUGG